UCCUUCACCAGUGACUUUACCAAGUGACUGACGGAGAUUGAGGUGUUUCAGUGAGAGACUGCUGUGUACUUUGGAACAUAUUUGAGUUGAGUUGCAUUUGAACCAUGAAGAUCACAGACAGUAAUGUGAUUCGGUUUCACCUUCAAAUUAUCCAUGGGAUAACUGUGAAGAGCUUGGAGAAGAAAAAGAAGACACUGUUAUUAGGUGGUUCAAAGAUCUUUGGAGUUCCUCUGGAGAAUUUAGCUAGGAAAUACAUUCCUGAGUUUGGACUGGUUCCCUGCUUUUUAGUGGAUGCUUGUUCAUUUCUGCUGGAGCGUGCUGGGACUGUGGGCCUGUUCAGAAAAUCAGGCUCUCUUCCUCGCAUUAAGACUCUCAGGGCUAAGUUGAAUAGCGGUGAGGGUUGUCUGUCCACUGCCCUCCCUUAUGAUGUUUCCACGCUGAUCAAGCAGUUCUGCAGGGAGCUGCCGGAGCCCCUGCUGCCCCCCGAGCUGCACGCUGCCUUGCUCAAAGGCCAGGCGUUAUCCAGCCCGCAGGACAGGACCUCCGCCCUGCAGCUGCUGUCCUGUCUGCUGCCUGCCAGAAACUCCUCCUGCCUGCAUUACCUGUUCGACUUCCUCUCCAAAGUCUCAGAGAGAUGCUCUGAAAACUUGAUGACCUGCUCCAACCUCGCCAUAGUCUUUGCUCCGUGUCUUUUACCGCCUCCAAACAAGGCCGAAAUGUCUGAAGGGCGGCUUAAACUCAGAGUUCUCGUCCUACACACCUUCAUUGAAAGUCCUCACUUAUUCGCUGUGAUUCCCAAAGCAGUAAUGGACAGUAUGGAGUUUCUGAUCAACUUCCCUGUUCUAAAGGACGCUAGGAGAGGACACGGAAAGACACAAAGUUUGAAAGAGAAGACGGCAGCCUGGAUUCCAGCGACGUCAAAGGUCAAGCCGGCCGUCUCUGAGCAGAGCAAAGAGUCGACGUCCGGGGAGAAACCCACGCUCAGGAGAAGCAUCGGCAUGGAGACCUUCCCCAACAUCCUGCUGUUUAGGAGCUACCAAUGUUUCAAGCCUGACGCGGCUUUGUCGGACAGUCACAGCCUCUAUGGCAUAGAGGCAUGCCCCCAAGAGAUACUAAAAAGAGACCUGCGUUUUGUCAAUUUCUCACGAUUUGCCAGAGGACACGGUUCAGAGAGCUCCCCUGCUCUCACUGGUGUCGGGAAACGGCAGCUCACACCUUGGAGAAAACGCAUUUCAAUAUUAAGAAAACACAGGUCUCGCGCAGUACGCAGGUCCCCAUCAACACACACGAUGACGGACAUGAUCUCGGCGGUGCGGCUCUCAGUGCUCGGCCUGCUCCUGGUCCUGCAGCUGGGCAGAGCUUCAGCCCGGAGCCCCCGCACGGCAGACCAGGUGUCCGAGGCCGACAUCCAGCGCCUCCUGCACGGCGUCAUGGAGCAGCUGGGCAUCGCUCGGCCCAGGGUGGAGUACCCGGCUCACCAGGCCACCAACAUCGUGGGUCCUCAGAGCAUUCAGGGUGGUGCUCACGAGGGGCUGCAGCACCUCGGCCCCUUUGGAAACAUCCCUAACAUUGUGGCCGAGCUGACUGGAGACAACGUUCCCAAAGACUUCAGCGAGGAUCACGGGUACCCAGACCCUCCGAACCCCUGUCCUCUGGAGAAGACAGCAUCAGACGGCUGUUUGGAAAACGCUCCGGACACAGCCGAGUUCAGCAGAGAGUUUCAGAAACACCAGCACCUGUUUGACCCCGAGCACGACUACCCAGCGCUGGCCAAGUGGAACAAGGAGCUUUUGUACCAGAAACUGAAGGGUGGACCCAAAAGAAGAAAAAGGAGCGUGAACCCGUACCUGAUGGGACAGAGGCUCGACAACGUGGUCGCCAAAAAGUCUGUUCCUCACUUCUCUGAGGAAGAGGAGGAAGCGGCACCGACCGUCCCUGCUGCCAGCAGAACCACCACCUAAACUCCUGCAGCACUCACUGUAAUAUUUACUAUACUUCCAGAAACAAGUUUUUAACUGUGUGUUUAAAUCUUGACUGGCAGUGUACAUUAUACCUAGAAAUGUAUUAUAAUGAGUUGAAUAUAGAUCUGGGGAAAUGUUGAAUAAGAUGGUAAUUCUUAUUCAUGACUGUACAGAAAUGAAUUAACUCACUCUGAAGUUUCUGAAGUUAGGUUUUUUGUAUGUCUUGAUAUUUCCAGUUAAUCACAUCUGAAGCAAAGAUUCAAUAUAAGUCACAUUAAUCUUGGAAGCAAAGUAGCGGCUUUGCUUUGUCUUGUGAAGGAUGAUUUGAAACAUCACUGUAGCAUGGUAAAUACUGUAGCUAUUCUACUGGUGAUGUAUAUCUGCUUCUGUCACCAUACUGCAGUAUAUAAGUCUCUACAGGCAGCACUGAAUCUGUUGUGUAACUUCAUCUUGCCGGAUAAAUGUUUGUGUUGUGUUUUUGUUCUGUAAAGUCAAAUAAACGAUUUAUCUGCAUUGAAAAA